AUGAAUCGACCGACCACGUACUGUACAGUGGUGUACACUGUAGGACUCAGGUUACGGUCCAUGUCCGCGAACCGAACGGAGGUGAACCUUACAAGAUUGCAAGGGUUUCUCAGAGCCCGCCCAUGCUCCUUCGGAUCCUACGCCACGUAUGCGCAACCCGACAGUCCUGAUGCGUAUUGCAUGGAGAUGACGUAUGUAAUUGGAUUACCCGACAUCACUACGGCUAAUCAGACCUCAACGGAGGUCUUGGAGAAGGUGAAAGCCCAUGCUAAGAGGAAUGAGCCAGGCAUGGCAUGGUUGGAGGUUUAUCGAGCCAUAAAAGGACUGUCUCAUAAGAAGGACAUUCCCAAUGAAAUCGAGACAGUAACUACACUUGAAGAGGCGAGCCGGAGGGACUUGUGGAUGGCUCAGUCAAUUGACAAUGAUCUGAUUAACUCGAGAGCUACCUGA